AUGUCACACUUCCCCCAACGUCCUGAUAGAAAUAGCUCCAGCGGCAAUAGUCUUCUACGGCGAAAAGAAACAGGACCUUCUUUGGCUGUUGAUAUACUGAGAGGUCGAGGAUUUGCGAAACAAGAUUACACGGUUGGUUGUUUGACAAGCACUGCAAGUCCACAGUUGAGCAAACUUCAAAACAAACCUACCAUUCCGCCUAUUUACACAGAAGGGGCACCUUUUGAAAGGAAUAUUGAAAGCGGAACGGUGGCUGGUUGUGUCCUCCCUAAUCAUAACACUCCUAUUCGAUCGAGACUUUCAAUUCCUCCGCCACCACCUUCUAGACAAGAAUGCUUUCCCCUCGCGGAUAUCUUCGAGGAUAUCCAUGCAUCCCACAGCAUCCAGAGACGUCCAGAAAAUAUGGGCUGGACAGGCUCUAGAAGUCUGGAUGGAUGGGGAUUUGAGAAUAAAAUAUUCUACGAAUAUCCUUUGAGCUUUAUUUCUAGAAACACGCCAGUUGUUGGGGAAAGAGAAACUGACACUCAACCGAAAAAGAUAAAUUCAAGCAGAAACGAAUGCACGAUUAAUUCGGAAGAACGCAAAUUUAACAAUGUGAGCACUUGUACAAUGUUGGUCUUUCCACGGGCUGAAUGUGUACCAAUGAGUUCUGUGGCCUCUUAUCUUGAAAGUGAUCAUAGUAUAGAAAAGGCACCGCUUGCACGAAUUACUCAGCCUCAGCGAUCAAUCAUGUCAGCCGACGACGAAACCUCUCUUCCUCAAAAUUCGACCACCACUCCCCGUUACUCCUUGAGUAGUAACUCCAGCUCAAAACCUCUUCGUCAACGCUCUCCUUGGAAAAGCUUCCUCAAAGAGUCCUCCAUUCCUGAUGUCCCAGUGGAUAACCGAGAACCCCCAAGAAAGAAGAGUGGUCAACGCAGACCCAGUCGUCUUAAAUUUCUCUCUCCAAGCCAUCGUCGUCUUUCUCUCGAAAAGUCCGUAACUUGGAAGGAUGAUAGGAAAAAGGCCCAAAAAGUCGAUAAGCUCGCUCUGCCAACACAAUCUUCUAUGGAUUUGCAGACAACACAAAUGGAUGAACUCGUCUCUGUACUAGCAGAACUCUGUGAUACGUUGGAGAAUUCUUCCAUCUUCGUGUCUGCCUCAAUGAAGCGGGAGGCUUCGCUUGAUAUCUGCCCACCUAGCUCCACACAGGCGUUAUCAAAAAUGACGGAUCAUAGGAGAAGAAGUCUUGAAAUGGGCAGAGAUACAAAACAGCUUUCAAUUCGUAACGAAAAAGUCGUUGUCGAAGUGCGAGUGGUUUUCCUAAAAAUUGGGGAAAUCGAUACGUUGAAAGAAUUUUAUCAAGCAGACGCGUUCUUGCAGACGAAAUGGCGCGAACCCAGACUUGACGGUAAACUUCCCGAUGAACUUGGAACUGUGGAUUUGGAGCGUUAUUGGAAUCCCCUCUGUUACAUUGACAACAUUCUUUCAGAAACGAAGGAGGUUCAAUGGUUGUCGACAUCUGUGGGUCCGGGGGGUGAAGUUUACAUCAUCGAACGACGUCGAAUAAAGGGCGAUCUCACAAUUACAGUGACAACUGAAAGACCUGAUACGGAAGUUGACUUGAUCCCAGACCACAAUGAGAUGUCUGCCAUCAAUAAGCAAACUUUCGUCGACCAACAGGAAUGGAAAUUGCAUGAACAUGUGGAAAUAACCAAGAGAGUUAUCCGCCAGGAGUAUUCAAGAUCUAUGAAGAGUCAUCCUUGUCUCUCCGUCACAUGUCGAGCUGCUAGAAGGCCCGGCUACUUUUACUGGAAUGUCUUCCUCAUUAUGUUCAUGAUCUCUGGACUUUCCUUCGCAACAUUCGCUGUCUCCCCAGACAAAGCUGAGUUAAGACUUCGUCUUUCUUUCACACUGAUUCUAACAUCCGUCACUUUCAAAUAUGUCAUUACUCAAAGUCUACCGCGAAUAUCCUACCUCACGUAUAUGGUAAGUCACAUGUGCUAG